GCCCGUGUAUUAUAAUAUUAAGGUCUCUCUGGAACGCCACGUUCGAGAGUCGACCUCAGAAUUCAACAUACACACAGCCACUGCUUAGCCAAGCCACGUUUCCUCUCCUGUCACUUUUUUCCUUCUAUUUAUUCACCUCUUUUUUCUCUGUGUGCCCUCUGCGAUCAUCAUUGAGCUUUGGACAGUUGAAGAUGGGGGAUGAAGGGGGUUCCUUACACGUGUCAAACGAUAGUAACGGUCUUGAUCAUGACAACGGGGAUCAGAGCCGUAUACUGGACAUAUACCCUCUCAGUUCCUAUUACUUUUCUUCCAAGGAAGCCCUUCCUAUCAAGGACGAGUCUGUAGCUGAUCGUCUUCAGAGAAUGAAGUCCAACUAUGCUGCUUAUGGAUUGAGGACGUGUGUGGAGGCAGUUAUUUUGGUUGAGUUGUUCAAACAUCCUCAUAUACUGCUGUUGCAAGUAAGAAAUUGCAUGUUUAAGCUUCCGGGGGGUCGCUUAAGGCCUGGUGAAUCAGAGAUCGAUGGAUUGAAACGGAAGCUAUCAAGGAAACUUUGUGUCAAUCCAGAUGCUGAUGGGAUUCCUUGGGAGGUAGGGGAAUGUCUUGGGGUAUGGUGGAGGCAUGAUUUUGACACAUUGCUCUGUCGGGACUUGCCCUCUAAAGUUAAAAACCCAAAGGAGUGCACCAAACUGUUUAUUGUGAGGCUGCCAGACUGUCGGAAGUUCGUUGCGCCGAAAAACCUAAAAUUGCUUGCUAUUCCAUUGUGCCAGAUCAAUAAAAAUCAGGAGACGUAUGGACCUGUUAUAUCAGGUGUUCCGGAGAUGCUAUCGAAGUUCACCAUCAACAUCAUCGAAGAUUGAAGAUUGAGAUAAACUCGAUCGCCAUUGUAGAGUGGACCGUAUGGUAUGCAGACGACGAUAGCAGUAUGUAAGUUGGAGAAAGGUUGUUCCCUGGGCAUCUGUUUCUCAUGAAAUUUUGCCAAAUGCUUGUAUAAUGUAUAUAUAGUGUAGAUUUCUAAAGGGAACAAUCGUGUGUUGAAGACAGCAAACAUAAAUGAUACUUGUUAUGUUUGGCUUGAGUUUU